CAUUCAGACAAUACUGGAAGCAUGGUGGAUUUGAAGGUUGGAUCUAGAGCAAAGUUGGCCCCAUGGUCUUCGGAUGGGAUAAGGAUUCGAUCAUCAAUUGAAUUCCAAAUGGCAUAUCUGAGGUUUGUAGAGAACCAAAGAGCAGGAGGCAUGUUUGGAGGGGAGCUAAUAGGAGUAGAGUAA